UUGCGUAUUUUUGUGACACAGUAUUUAAUUAUAGUAUUAAAUUAAAGAUUUAAACUUGUAUCUUUAUUGUUAGUUUCUUAAGAAUAAUAGAAUAUUGGUUACAUCCAUAUCUAUACUUAUACGAGUUAUACGAAAUUGGCCUGUGGUGAACCGGUGGAGCGGUGGGGAAAACGACUUUUUGUAUGCUGCGACCUUGGUCAUUAUCAUACUUAUCGUAUAUUUUACUGUCAACUGUUAUUUCGUAUCAGAUUCCUCUGUUGUCCGAUAUACAGGGUUUUAUCUUCGUGAAACAUGGCAGCAGGCGGUCUCUUAAAAUCUACAAAACUAACUUUGUGCUCUCUCCAAUCUGCUAAGGCAGCAGCAUCACAAUACCGAGCCUUCACCACCCAGCUGACGGAGCAGCAGCAGGAGAUCCAGACCCUGGCCCGCAACUUCUCCAAGGAGCACCUCAAACCGCAAGCUUCGCAGCUUGACACAAAAGCCAGGUUCCCGUUUGAUCUUAUAAAGAAGUUAACAAAGUUAGGCCUUAUGGGGGCCUGCGUGGACUCCGAGUACGGAGGCCUAGGCCUCGACUACUUAUCCCUUGCACUUGCCGUGGAAGAGAUCUCUCGUGGCUGCGCCAGCACCGGCAUGAUACUGUCGAUACAUAACUUCCUUUAUGCGAACUUGGUUAACGAGAGAGGAACGGAAGAACAGAAGCAGUUGUUUCUGAAGGAUUAUACAGCGGGGAGUAUUGGGUGCUUUGGGCUGAGUGAGCCAGACGCCGGCAGCGACGUCGCCAACAUCAGAACAACAGCUCGACGGGACGGCGACCACUGGAUCCUGAACGGCAAGAAGAGCUGGGUCACCUCCGCGGUAGAGGGCCACGCGACGGCGGUGUUCGCCACCUUCGACCCCGAGCUGCGGCAUAAGGGAUUGGCUUGUUUCCUGGUGCCGCUGGCCGCGGAGGGUGUGUUCAGAGGAAACAAGGAACCCCUGAUAGGCGUCAGCGUAUGUCACAGGGCGGCGACUGCCUGCGACCUCACGCUAGAAGACGUUCGGGUCCCGGCCUCCAGCCUGUUGGGGGAGGCGGGGGAGGGGUUCAAGAUAGCCAUGGCGCAGUUGGACCAAGGCAGGAUCGGUAUCGCGGCGCAUGCUGUUGGUAUCGCACAAGCUGCUUUAGAUACGGCGAUCAACUAUGCUAAAGAAAGGGUGGCGUUCAGCAAAAACCUCACGCGGCUUCCUUCAGUGAAGGACCGUCUCACAGACAUGUGCAUCCUAGUAGAAACCGCCCGUAUGCUGACAUACCGCGCCGCGACUGACGUCAGCACCAAGAACAGUUCUAUGGCGAAGUACGUGGCCGGCCGCAACGCCGCCGCUGCGGCCGACCACUGCGUGCAGAUCCUCGGCGGCAGAGGGCUGUCCACCAACUACGACGCCGAGCGACACUUCAGAGAUGCCCGCGGCACGCAGAUCUACGGUGGCGUCACGGAUAUCCAGAAGCGAUUGGUCGGACAUUUCUUGCUCAAAGAACACGACGCACUCUGAUACUGUUAGUAACACUCCUACCGAACCAACUUUAAAACUAUAAGUGCUCGGCUCAGCGACGAGCGACCAGCGGCGCGUGCAGCGUUGCUCGCACUGAGGACUCGCAUACGUUUGCAUUUGUUUGAAAUUGACGCCGCGCCGUGAACUUUUGCUUAGUUAUAUUUAGCAUUUCUCUAGAAAAUAAUAAUUGAGGCCAGUGACUAAUAUAUACCAGUUCAUUCUAGUUUCAAAUGCAUACAAUUGUGCUUUAACAUUUUCAUUUUAAUACGGUCACGAUUUUUUUAUAAUAUCUGAUCUGAAAUGACUAAUACAAAGAAAACCCUAAAUGACUUGAUAUAAAGUCCGUGACUGCAUAGUUUAGUUUCGUGAUGUUCCAAUCAAUGCUAGAUCUAUGCCGUAUUAAUAAUAUAUGCUGUAAGUAAUCCAUAGAUUUAAGCGUAGUUGAAUAUUUUGAAUUUCUUUCAUUCAUCAUUUUGGUGGCUAUUUGAAGUGUGAAUGUUUGUAUCUUUAGAAGUAUUGCUAUUGUAUAAGCUAGUCGCAACAGUUACAUAUCAAUUCUAUUUUUGUUAAAGGUUCUCAAAAAUGUUAUUGUACUUGUUAAAAUGAACUCACUAAAACGUACUUAUUCUAGUUAACAUUCCAAAAAUUCUUAUCAUAGUUUGGUUGGUAGGUAUAUAAAAUUGUAUAAAUUGUACAGGGUUUAUUUUUUGGAUAUAAAAUAUGUCUUCCAACGGCUGUAGCUGUAGCAUUUUUAUCACUGUCACUAUGCCUGUCACUUUUGCACAUACAUACUUGUUAGAACGUGACAGUCAUAGUGACAAGUGAUCAAAUAAAAAUGUGACCGUGCUUCAGCUGCAAGUCGUUUAAGUCGUUUUGGUUUCGCUUUUAAGUGUAGACUGUUCCUUUUGUAAAAAGAUGGUAAAUACUUCGUAAGCUAAUAGAGAAAUAUUUGCGAAACAAAGACAAUAACUUAGAAAAGCUAAUAAUUGUGUUUAUAAGCAUUUGUAUUCCAAAAUGUUAUUGCUUAUAUAUAUAUAUAUAUAUAUAUAUUUUUUUCCCAAUAUAUUUUUUAUUAUGAUUCGAUCCCCUCUUCGUAUGUUAGUAAAAAAUAUGUGACCGCGGCCGGAAAAACGUCCCACUUAGUCGCGCCUUGACAGGUUAUUCGUAUAAAGAUAUAAGCAAAUUUCGUCCUUAUGGCAAGCGACAAAGUGGGCGUUUUGCCGGCCGCGGUCAUAUAUGUUUUGGGAAGUUGACAGCAGAAUGUAUAAUUUAUUCCAUUAGGACCUUAAAAUAAUGUCGACAAACAAUACCAUGUAUUACGGUAGCUCCACGCAUGAUACAGGUACAGUCGCCAUCAGAUAUAUCGAAGCGGCCGAGGUACUCAAAAAUAUCUGAACACGUACUCUAACGCCUUGACAAUUAGGCAGGUCCACACAGACCAGGCAAUUUCUCGGCGCACUCAAGUGAGCAAAACGCGUGCGCCGCCUCGGCCGAGGCACGUCUACACUGACCGUUUUGUGCGUGAGGAAAUUGCCUCGCGCGUAUGCUCGCUCUGUGUGGACCCGCCUAUAGAGCCGUGUUUAGAUAUUUGUGAGCAUCUUAGCCGCUCCGAUACAUAUAAACAGGGAUAAACUUCACCUGAAAGCUUACUAAUAGUCGUAAAAUGAUUUCUUACUGUACUUGGAUAUAGAAUACUUAAAUAAGUUAUUUUGUUAAGGUUAUCACCCUACCAGAUUUUUAUUGUGUACUAUUUAUAAUUAUUAUAAUUAAGUGAAUAAUUACAAAUUAAUUAAUAUGGUCCUAUUCUGCCUGAAACACAGGAACUCCUAGUUCAGGCAUUUGUAAACUUUUCCUUAUCCUUAAUCCUUAGUCUUUAAGUGCUAACACUGUACUUAUACUGUUUUCAAUAAAAUUAUUUGUAUUUGUAUAUGAUGGCGACUGUACAAAGGGUUGUUUCUCAGUGGUGGAAUGACUGAGUCACGUGGUUUAUUGUUUACAUUUUUGUGGUAAUGGAAUAUACUAAACAAGCAAUUUGUAAAUUUUCGGGUAGUUAUAACAUUUAUUGGUUAACCAACCAAAUACAAAAUCGCCUAGAUCUGUCACUGAACGACCUGACUUUAACCUACAUUAUUUGAUCAUGUAACGUUUUAAGUAUUGGCUUAAGGAGCCAUUUGAGGGUAGAUUUUGUUUACUUUUAUUUAAAUACCCAAAGAUACAGAGUACAGGGAAUGGCAUCUGUUGGCACUAUAUAUAACGCUAAUUAUAUUUAUUUAUUUUAAUUUUGUCUGCAAAGGAAUAUACUAAAACUGAACUAAAACGCAAAGUAACGUAAUAUUGUGUCAAACGUGACUGAAGUAGGUGGUGCUGUAUGGACAACAACACCCUUUGAAGGCCUUAUGUCAUAAACACAAACAUCACUCAAACGCCAAGCUCCCGGGCGCAAGGGAUAUGGAGUGUGGAUUUAAGAGAUGGCGCCACUGCCACGGAUAACAUUAGCUCUGUGUAAAAUAUUAUUAAAAAAAUUGUUAUAUACAAUGUACAAGUGUGCUAUGCGACAAAAAUCAUAAUCAUAAUCAUAAUCAUAAUAAUUUAUUUAUAAAACCAAUUUAUACGUCAUUAAUAAAUAAUUUAGUAAUAGUACCUAUAGUAAUUUACCAAAAAUACAUGGUACUUAUGAUAGUUAUUACAAUAAAAUAACAAAAACAGUAUAAUUAUUGCGCUUUAUACGCAAUGAAUUCGUCGUAGCUGUAAAAGGAUUGCUCGAUAAGCCACUGCUUUAAGCGAAAUUUAAAGCUGCCCAAGCUUGGAGCAUCAAGUAUGUUUUUUGGCAACUUAUUGUAGAUAGUGGGACCCAUGACGUGAGUGAGUUUAGAUGACUUGGUCAACUUCCGGCUAAUACCCACAAUUUUAUCUGCGUUCCGCGUUUCGUACAAGCUUAACAUUCUAAAUGUUUUAAAUGACGCCAGAUGCACUCUCACAUAUACGGCCACUUGCAGAAUGACUAUUGCCGGCAGUGUUAAUAUGCCUAGCUUAAUAAAAAGAGGCUUAGCAUGGGUAUCGUGUGGAACUCGAGCGAUGAUCCUCACUGCGCGUUUUUGGAGGCGGAACACCCGCUCCCACUCUGCACAGCGACCCCAGAGCUCAGCGCCAUAAUGCAAGACUUAAAUGCAAGACUUUUAGUUGAUUACUCACUGUGAAUAUUAUUGAACAUUAUAUGUGUGCACAAACAAUGAAUAUAAACAUUUAUAAUUCCGUGUAAGACACCAGUGCUUUAUCCCGUGAAGUGUUAGUUUAGCAAUACUUUAUAAAAACAGUGUAAAUAAGUGUACUUUGUUGACAAUUAACAGUGACCAAAUCGUGACUAAAGUGAAAUACUAGUGCCGAUAUAUUAAAAACACUUUAAUAAACGGCUGUUGGUUAUUAAAAUUGGUUCGUUGACGGUGCACGUAAACAAAACCCAGGUGACAUAUCAGCUGAUCACGCUGAUCAACUACCAACGCCAACUAUCGGCAACGAGUGGAACCACACGCGUACCUACUAAAGACCAACUACACCGCCGUCACUGAAAACGUCGCGCCAUCUAGUAUACAUGUUCUGAACUACAUCAACUAUAUUAACUGGAAACAGCUACAAGGCACUCAAGCGCACCUGUACUAUGACUCGCUCUUGUCACGCCAUCUACUGAAAGUAGGGUGAAUUGCUUCUCACCUAACAUUGCGAAUACAAGCUUCACACCACAUUCGCGUUGGAAUUAAGUACCUAAGCCCUAAAUUAACCGCAAGAUGUCGCUAAUAUGCAGUAAAUGUAAAUUGUCCGUCCAAAACAAAGAUACUCUGAAAUGCUCAAGGUGCAAAAAAACUUAUGAUACGGAAUGCGCAGGUCGGUUAAAGCUAUUCUCACUUAUGUCGGAGGAUGCGAAAAAAAAAUGGGCAUGUAUAAA